UCAGGCGAGAUAUAAAGCUGUGGUUCAUGUCGCUAAAUGUCAUAGCAGUCAUUGAAUUGCCAUCUUUGUGCAUGCCACACUGCCUGGUUAACAAUUCUUGUGCAGAAGUGUAAAGACUGGAAAACAAAAACAUCUUUUAAGAAGAAAAUGGCAAGCCAGAAAUUUGAAUUAGACGAUUUUGACUUUGCUGAUAUAUUUGAAAAUAUUACAAUUCCUUACGACUACAUUAUUGACCCAGACAUGUCGCCCUGUCACUCUGAAGUGAAUGAAUCAAUCAACACAGCUCUGGCUGUUAUCUACAGCCUGGUGUGCUUCCUCGCUGUGACAGGGAACAUUAUUAUAAUGAUUGUCCUACUUUAUGAGCGACGUACCAUAUCAUCCACAGACACCUACCUGCUACAUCUGGCAGUGGCUGAUCUGCUCUUUGCUGUGACCCUGCCUUUUUGGAUUGUGGAUGCUGUAUCUGGCUGGGUGUUUGGCGAUGCCAUGUGUAAAAUUAUCAGCAUGUUACAGGAGAUUAACUUCUACAGUGGGAUUCUGUUUCUGGUUUGCAUUACGAUCAAUCGUUAUCUGUCCAUUGUCCAUGCUACACAGGUCCAGAAGCAGAAGAGACCAUUUCUAAUUAUGCUGGUUUGUGCCACUGUUUGGCUGGUGUCUGUUGCUCUGUCUUUCCCAGUUUUGUACAAGGGUGAAUAUAUUCAUUUUGAACGAGUCAUGUGUUAUGAGAUAUUUGAUGUUGAAUCAGUCGAAGCAUGGAGAAUAACCAUAAGGUUUUUGCAGCAUUUUUUUGGGUUUCUCAUCCCACUAGCUGUCAUGAUUUUCUGUUACACUGUGAUAAUCCUGAAACUGUGUCAAACAAAGGGGUUCCAGAAACAUAAAGCGAUGAAGAUCAUUAUAACUGUGGUGGUGUUCUUUGUAAUUUGUUGGCUGCCGUUCAAUGUCACUGUGCUCGUGGACACACUGAUGAGAAGCAAGCUCAUUGCUGAGACUUGUGACAGGCGCAAUGAUAUUGACAGGGCUCUCUCUGCAACUCAAAGUUUGGGUAUCCUGCACAGUUGCAUUAAUCCAAUCUUAUAUGCAUUCAUUGGAGUAAAAUUCAGGAGGAACUUAGUGAAAGUCUUUUGCAAGAAAGGGAUCAUUAAGCAAACCAUCAUGUCAAAAUUCAGGAGAUCUGUGUCCUCAAUCUCUGAAUCUGGAUUUAUGUCAACUAGUAUACGCAUUGCUUUUGACGAAAAUGUCAGUUAGACAGAAGAUAAUAAACAUGAAUAAAGGAGGGGGCAAAGUUUCAAAGUACUAAAAGAAUGAGUAGGAAUGCUUUAGAGAUUUCAGUUCUGAAUGCAGUAAUUAUGAAGUUUUGAGGUGUGUCAAUGAGAUGGGCCAAUGAUAUCUGACAUACAAUUGUCUGAAAGUCUGGUGUGAUGAGUACUCAUUCAGAUCACAUUAAUUUGCCUGCACUUGACAGAGAGGGAUAUCCAUAUUAUUGGUUGGAUAAUGAUCUGAUGGCUAACUCUGAACAAUGACUCUGCUUUGCUACCAAAGAUGACCGUACUGCUUAGUCACAGAAUAAUGAUAAGGAACAAUUGCUUGAUUUGCACUGUAUGUAAUGGAAUUGAAUUAAUAUAACUAUGGUCUGACUAAAACACUCCUGUGAAAUGAGCAACUCCUUGAACUGUUCUUUCGUUUGGUAUUAACUUGUCUCAGUGUCGGAGUGCAUUCAGAAGGAGCUAUGUCUGAAACAACUAUAUGAUCUUGAAAAGGUUUCAAAAGUUCAAUGCCUAUACUAUUCACUCACUCCUCAUCUGGUCUCAGCAUAAAUGAAGCAGACAGUAAAUAUUAAAAACUUAAUAAAUAGAAGCACAGAUAAAUCAUUCAUCCCUUCACGUCUGCUUCACCAUUCAAUAAGAUAUUGUGUCAUCCGUUUGUGGCCAUAAGUCCACUUCCUCUCUGUCCCAUAACAUUUGGUUCACCUGUCAAUGAACAAUCAAACUCAACUUUGAACAUAUUCAAUGACCCAUCCUCCCAUAUUCUUUGCUGUAGGGAAUUCCAAAGACUAACAACCUCCUCAUCUAGACCUUAAAUGGGAGUUCCUUCAAUUUAAAGAUAUGAAAAAAUGCAGUGUACAAAAAUUUCUUACCUUGGCUUCUCAGAUUGACUUUUCCAGCAGUGGGUGGAAGGUCCCCAUGGUGGUGGUGAGAGGUGGAACUGCACUCUAUCUCCCACAUCUGUAGGUGCGAGGCCCAGAUGGGGGGUGAAUUUGCAAUGCUUGUCAUAGAAAAGGCCCAAUAAUGAAGAGCAUAAAAGCUACUUUCACUCAGGCUGACAUAACAAAGUGGUCGAUGACCUUCAAUGAAAGUUGACCCUGCUGAUUUAAGUACAAGAAAUUAGGCAGAAUUUUCUAGGCCUGAACUGAGCUUUUAGAAGCAUAAAUGGGGAAUCUUCAUUCAGUUGGGGCAGGAUGGGACGGGUGGCAAAAAUACAGUUUCCCUGAUGGCUAGUUAAAAUUUGGCAUUGAAGUUCUCAGAAUCUUUCAGGUAGGUCAGCUUUCCUGACUCUGAACUCGGUGUGCAUUAUUGUCCCAUGAUUACCCAAUAGUAUCUCAGCCUACUCGAAUGGCAUUCACGUUAGAAUCCCAUUACAUAGAAUAUAGAACAUGGGACAAUACAGCGCAGAACAGGCCCUCCCCCUACACUAUCCCAUAAUCUAUUUGCAUAUUAGCAGAUUUCAAUCUCUGAUGUGGUUGGAACUGCUGCCUCACAGUGCCGGGAGCCUGGAUUUGAUUCCAACUUGGGUGGCUGUCUGAAUGGAGUUUGGACGUUCUGCCUGUGUCUGUGUGAGUUUCUGCGAAAUGAGCUAGUUUCCUCCCACAGUCCAAAGGUAUGCAGAUUAGGUGAAUCGGCCAUGCUAAAUUGUCCUGUAAUGUCUAAAGUUGUGUAGGCUGGGUGGAUUAGCCAUGGCAAGCCUCCUCACUCAUUUCCCUGAUCCUUUCAAGUACUUUGUUGAAGAUCUGGUGCAGUUGACCAAUUAAUUGUUCAGUCUUUCAGUCACUGAUUAAACACAGUGGUUUAGAGCAAGUGGUGAGACGGAAUAUCUUUGUUUCGUUUCUAGAUGACAUGGAAACAUAGAAAUUGGGAUCAGGAGUGGGCCUUCCAUCACUUCAAGCCUGUUCCACAAUUCAAUAUGAUUGUGGUAGAUGCUUGAUCUCAAUGUCACAAUCCUGCUUUCUCCCUAUACCUCUGGAUGCCUAUUAGAAUCUAAAAAAAUGUAUCUAUCCCUUUCUUGAAAAUAUUCAAUGACUUGGCCUUCACAGCCUUUUGUGGUAGACAAUUCUGCAGGCCCAUUACCUCAUCUCACUGUGAAAAUGGUCUGCCCUAUCGUCAGACUGUGUCCCUUGGUUCUUCACCUCAGCCAUGGAAAACAUCCUCCCUGCAUCUAGUCUGUCCAGCCCGGUUAGAGUUCCUUACAUUUCAAACAGACCCCCUUUCAUCCUUCUAAAUGCUGGAUGCUCGGGAACCACUCUCUCCCCAUAGGCCAGUCCUGCCAUCCCUGGUUGCAGCCUGGUGAACUUCCGCUGCAUUUCCUCAGGGGCAGGUUAUCUGCAAAUUAAAACUGCACACAAUACUCCACUUGUGAUCUCACCAAGGCCCUGUACAAGUGAAGUAAGACAUUCCUAUUUCUGAAAUCAAAUCCACUUGCAAUGAAUGAGUUGCCUUCCUAAUUGCUUGCUGAAACUGCCUGCUUCCUUUCAUCGUGCUGCCAGACCUGCUGAGAUUUUCCAACAACUUCUGUUUUUGUUCCUGAUUUACAGCAUCCGCAGUUCUUUUGGUUCUGCUUGCUUUCAUUACUGGUGUGUAAGGAACAUAUUCAACGACCCAUCCUCCAACAUUCCUUGCUGUAGAGAAUUCCAAAGACUAACAACCUCCUCAUCUUGACCUUAAAUGGGAGUUCCUUCAAUUUAAAUAUAUGAAAAAGUGCAGUGUACAAAUCCCUUUGUACAUCUACACUUCCAAAUAUCUCACUAUUUGAAGAAUACUGUUCCUAUCCAUACUUCACAUCAAAGUGUAUAACUUUACAUUUAGUCACAUUCACUCACUUUGCUUAAAUCACCUUGAAGCCUCCUUGCAUCUUCCUCACAACUCACAUUCUCACCCAGUUUUGUGCAAACUUAAAUGUUGCACAUGGUUACCUCAUCCACAUCAUUUAUGUUAAAUCAUGAAUAGCUGAGGCUAAGAGCUGUUCCUGUGGCACCACACUAGUCAUUGUCUGCCACUUGGAAAAUGAUCCAUUUACUCCCAUUCUCUAUUCUUUGUCUGUCAAUUAAUUCUUGAUUCAUGUCAAUACACUAGUCCCUUUCCAAGUGCUUAAACUUUUCCCACUGACCUCUUAUGAAACACUUUAUCAAAAGCCAUUUAAAAACCCUCUGAUGAAGGGUCUAGGCCCGAAACGUCAGCUUUUGUGCUCCUGAGAUGCUGCUUGGCCUGCUGUGUUCAUCCAGCCCCACACUUUGUUACCUAAGAAUCCAAAUACGCUGGAUUUCCCUUACCUGUUUUACUUGUCACAUCCUCAAAAAAACUCCAGUAGAAUUCUUAAGCAUAAUUAUAUUUGAUGAACUGCGCCGGCUUUAUCCAAUCCCAUGAAUGCUUCCAAAUGUUGCAUUGUUGUGUCUUUUUUAAUAGAUAUCACUGCAGAGACAGAUAAAGAAACAUGCUGUCUCUUGCAUUCCGCAUACCGUCUGCCUUUGUAUUGUUCACACGAAGGCGAUCCACCUGCCCAUGAGUCAGCAGUCUCUGGGUGAAAUUUGCCUUUGUCUCUCUGUCUUGCAAGCACACACACGCACACGCAUGCACACAUACACACACACACAUAUAUGUGCACACACACACACACACGCACACGCAUGCACACAUACACACAGACACAUAUAUGUGCACACACACACACACGCACACGCAUGCACACAUACACACAGACACAUAUAUGUGCACACACACACACACACACACACACACGCAUGCACACAUACACACACACACAUAUAUGUGCACACACACACACACGUGCGCACACACACGCGCACACAUACACACACACACACACACACGUGCACACACACACACACGUGCACACAUGCACACAUACACACACACACAUAUAUGUGCACACACACACACACACAUGCACACACACACACACGUGCACACACACACACACACACACCCACACACACACACACACACACACACACACGUGCACACACUCUUUGGAUUUCAAACAUAUCUCACCACUUGAAUAAGGGGACAGUGAUAACACAACUCUCAAUGAGUCCCAGCAACUUGUUUUUAAAAGUGUAGCAAUCCCCCUUUGAUAGUGGUUGUCUAAAGAAGUUUUUUUUUAUUUCGGCCCAAAUGUAAAAUGAAAAAAAAUGGUCUCUACACUGGAACCAUUCUUCUAAACCUCUGUUAUACUCUCUCCAAUGUAUUCUUAUCCUUCCUAAACUGUGGCACUCAUAACUGCUCAUAGUACUCCAUUGGAGAUCUAACAAAUAUCUUGCUCCCCAUAUCUUAUGUCCCUCUCAAUAAAUUCCAGGACAUUAAAUUGCUUUCUCCACCUUCUAUGUUCAAUGAUCUGUGCACAUAUCUGCCUCUGCUCCUGCACCCCCUUGCAAAUUUCAUUAAUAUUUUAUUGCCUUGUCUUUUGUUGUUCUUAAUAUGAAAAUAAACUACCUCACCCGAUUUCUCUUCAUCUAACUUCAUCUGCCACCAACUCCACCAACUUGUCUACGUCCUUUUGGAGUUCCACAUUGUCUUCCUCACAGUUUACAAUGACCCCUCUGGUACUCAAAUCUCCUUGCGAAGAAGGCCAACAUACCAUUUGACUCACCAAUCGGAUGCUAACUUUAAGUGACUCACUGCGCUCUUGCAGUGUCAUGGUAAUGUCCUUAUCUCUGGGCAGAAUGGCUGAGUCCAAGUCCAACUUGCCAAGAUAUGUGUCAUAAAAUGCCCAAUUGCCUGAUUAAGAACAAUUUGAAGUGACUCAUCAGCAUAUUCAAACCCCUUUGCACAUCAGCAUUUUCCAACCUCUCACCAUUUAAGCUAGGCCAUUUAGGGAUGAAAUUUAAAAAAAAUUCCUCAAAGCAGUCGGUGGAAAUCUGGCAUUUUCUCCUGUAAAUAGUUUGUGGAUAUGUAUGUAAAUUGUCUUAACGGUUAUAAAACAAGGGCAGAGAAAUGAAGUGAACCAUGAUCUAAAUGAAUAGAAAAUGUUCAAGAAGCUUCUUCCUGUAUUUGUUAUUUUACCAUUCUGUGACAUUUAGAUUAUAUAAUUCGUGUAAAUAACUUAUUAAAUCACUGUCAGAUUACU